AUGACUGACGCUUCUGAAGGAGACGAGUUGGUUCCGUGCAGUAGCAUUAGCAACCCCUUUGACGCGUUGACCACUGACAGAAAUCCCUUCCCUUCAUUCGACGUAGCUCUAGCAAGCGAGAGGUCAAUUGACGGCGAGGAAGACGAAGAAGAAGAAGAAGAUGAAACGGAAUCGCAAGACGCUCAAUGUGCGUUAAACUGGAGCAUCGACACGCUUGCGGAGCUCAAGCCCGUGGUGUUCUCACCGCUAUUUCAACAGAAACAAGCUGCCAGUAGAUUGGAGACGUCUCCUGGAGCCAGCGGCUUUUUUGAGGAUGAAAAGCAGUACGAGGUUUUGCGGACGCCGUUGUUAGCGGCUCGGGUUCCGAGACGUGCAGUAGAUGGAUGUGGAAAGAGGAUGAGCAAAACGCCGACGCCGUCUCGGUCGCUGCCAAUGGAGCCGUAUCAAUGCUGCGGCGGGACUGCUAGAUCCCAGGAACGACAGCGACAGGAAAAGAAGAAGCUCGGUAUUGCUAGUGCGUUGACUAGCGAGUCCGAGUCGCUAUCGGUGGGGCCGCCUCGAUGGUCGGCGUCGCCCGUUGUCACGCGUUGUGUGACUCCGAGUAGUACGCUGUACGAGGCGAUAUUUCCAUCGCCGCUGACGGACACUUUAGUGGCUGCUACGCCGAAACAGCGCUCACGACUUAGACUCUCGUUUGGACUCUCGCCCAUUACUUUCUCAGUCCCAGAGCAACGUCAUGGGAACGAGGUCGAGGAAAGUGAGGAUGAAAGCGAGGUUGACACGUCAGGCUUUGGUGCUCCAGGGGAUGGGAAUACUGUGUCGCUGGGCUGUGCAGAGGAGAGAGUAGACCGAGAUCGGAUCUGA